AUGACCAAUGACCUUGGUAAUUUGUAUCAGAAAAACAAUCGAAGGCCGAGACGCCAUACCGUCACUUGUUGCUCAGCUUCCGAAUCAUGCCGGGUUGUCUUGUUUUUAAUGUUGAAUAAUAUAGAAACCUGCAAUACAGUGGUGAACUCUAGCUUCUCUGAAGUUUUCAUCCCAUCUGUGCAGCGGAUGUCAAGUUGCUUUGACUCCCGCACUUUCUGUCGGACCUCCGAUGACGACGAAGCAUCUCGCGGUAAUUAUAAUAUCCUGUGCAGAGAUGAUUGCAACACGGCAUGGAUCUAUCGGUGCAUGCAGAAUAGGUACCUACCUACCUGCAGCAAUCGCGGGCAGCUGACGCAUGUGGAUAUGGAAAAGGCCCAUCGCCGACGGCCGUUCCAGCGGGUAAAUGCAAUCAAGAUUACGAGCUUAUCGAGAACCAAAGCGGCUUACGGUAAAACCCCCGAUCGCAGCGUCUACGAAACCGAAUUAUACUUCGCCUUGCCAGAAGUGAUUGGUAAUAAUGAUCCGUCGCCCUCCGAGUACCUUUCUCUUCGGUCCCAACACCGGCUACUUCCGGAUUGCGACCUCAAGGACAUAUACUGGACGACAAUUUGGAAAAAGGUGUUCUCGCACCGCUCGAGGAGACGUGGGAUUCGAACCUGA